AUGACUCCAUUUUCCACCUCAAGCAGCCGUUGGGCAGCUCUACAAAGCCGAAAUCCCCUCGCAGGAAAUGCCUUCAUUUAUAGCGUUCUCACGACCAAGAUCUACUGUCGGCCAUCCUGUUCUUCACGCCUUGCACGUCGAGCGAACGUGAUAUUCCACGAUACCCCCGCGGAAGCUGAAGCAGCUGGAUUUCGUCCUUGCAAACGAUGUCGUCCAAAUUUGAGAGAAAAUGAAGCAGAUCCACAGAUCCUGGCAGUUGAGAAGGCAUGCGAUCUGAUCAAGAAGGAAAGUACGGGGGAUGUCAAAUGGAGCGUGAAAGGUCUGGCGAAAGAAGUGGGACUGACAGAAAGUCAUUUCUGUCGAGUGUUCAAAAAGAUCAUGGGGGUGACUAUUGGAGAAUACAGAGCAAAUCAUAACUCCAUUAUGAGUGUUAGAGGACUCGGAACCUUGGACUCCAUAUCUGGGCGCGCCAUACCGCAGGGAAUUGCCAGUGUGGACACGCCUUAUGAUCACGCGUCCUGCACCGCAUUCGCAGAACUGUCGACCCCGAGUCUUUGCACCUCCGAGAUUAUGCAAGAUUGGCAAAUUUUCAGCGGACUACAAACCCCAGAGGACUACAUUCCCGACGCGUCUGAUGCAGCAGACGCGAAUCUGCCCAAUUGUCAGCUGCGACUCCCGGAGGUUUGGAGUACGACAGAGGAUUGUUUUCAGUUCAUCGACUUUGACACUCCAUGGAUGGUGGAAUUCGGUCAAGAAGAGACUGUCUGA